CUGUAAUCGUGGGAAUGAGUUCGUUUUGUUCGCAAGAUGACAUAUUUAAUCGCUCUUAUCAAGCAUUUAACAACAUCUCACCACUGUCUGACAGAUUUUCGAAGUUCCUACGCGAGUAUGCUAAAGAUGAAGAAAAUGAUGACACUAAGUCUUGGUCAAAAAUCAAAGAUAAUUGCUCGAACAAGAAUGGUGAUUCGCUGAAAACGUCUCUAACUGAAUCAUCUUCCGGUUCACUAAAUACGUCCUUUCUCAGUUCACAAGAAGCCACCAAACGAAGUAACACAGAUAACAGUCUCAUAAAAAACCAGUGUACUCUCAUUCGUAAUAAUCUUAAGUUGCUAAGAUCACAGGUUGACUUCCUGCUGAAAUUCAAUGCUUCUGAGAUAGAGGGGCUGGAUGGUCGAGUUCGCGAAACAGUGAAAAAAGAACUAGAAUCUUUAUUACUUUGGCUUGGACCUAAUUUGCCAAGGAGUGAGGAAAUAAUGCAAAAUCAGAUUGUUUGCCGAUCACCUGGAAUUAAAAGUACACCCACAAAGGUUUUUUCGAGUAGUCCUAAGAUGGUUUCAAAUACUUUACAGGAAGAUCAGAUUGAUAGCUCCAUUUUAUUGUUGAAAGAAACAUGCUCAUUUGAAACAGAUGAAAACAACGCCAUCAGUACUAACAUUCAUUCAUUCAUGAAGAAAAUGGAGGAUGACUUUGAAUGUUUGGCAAACGAGUUUAAAGAUUUAGCGAAAAGAAUAGAAAAAUUUGAACAAUUAAAUUGGAAAGAAUUAUUUCAUAAUUUUCGUAUAAAAAUUCAGGAAAAAACAGUGAAAAUGUGUAUAUCAUACAUAAUUCAAAAAUUGGAUCAAAAUAAUAUUGAGAAUAAUCGGUGGUAAAGUGAUUAAAUUGAACACAUAAGAAUGAUGUUUGUAUACUUGAAAGCCAAUAUUUCACAUGACUGAAAGAGUUAUGCAAAUCUAGUGUAAAU